AUGGCAGUGAUUCCUGCGUCGUCUGAAGAGCGCCGCGAGGAGUUCGGCUCCUUGAUGCUGGAUAUAGAUGAACUGCUUCGCCAUCCAUGCCUACCCCGAGUGCAGAGACUGAUCAACUUCGCAUUCAGGCGCGAUGACGGCGUCGCUGUCAACUCGGACGGUAAAAAGGGCCGGUUCAACUCCCCAGAGCAGUUCAUUCCGUGGAUCGGCAAGCAUGGUCGAAUAGUCAUCCUGUUCAGAUACAAGGCGAAGGAGAGCCGGCAGCAACAACACUCCAACGGUACAAAUGGUCAUGCCAACGGCAAUGGAACCAGUGGCACUGCUGCUGUAGCCGACGAAGGGGAGCGUGAGAUAGACAUCAAUGAACCCGUUGCCUGUGCGACGAUAAAAUUCUUCAAGCCGUAUCUCGGCAUUCGGCCCAUCGAGGGAGAACUAGACGGCGACAUCGAGAAGGGCAUCGGUUACGACCCAGAGCCGGAGGAUUUACUCGCUGUAAAACACUGGGAACCAGCCUGUGUCUCUGUCAUGCCGUUUGAUGACUCGCUGAAGGGUAAAGGGUUGGCUGUUCGCUGUGUACAGAUGUUAGAGGAUGACCUUCUGGAAAGGUUGGAUGCUGCUGCACAACAGCGGGAGCGAGAAACGGGAGUGCCCGGAGAUUCUUCGCCUUUGACUUUCUGGGUUAGAACUAGGACUGAUCUCACGGAGGGAUAUUGGAAGAGAAGAGGAUUUAAGGUCCUGAGCUGCAAAUGGUUUCCGGCGGGGUCCUGGGAAUAUGAUCAUGAUUUCCAGAUCUCAGUCCUGACCAGGCUUGUUCCUCGGCUGAACCGGAGCAGUACCAAGAACUAG